AUGCAACCGCAGGGGCCGGGGAUGCCGCCGGGGCCUCAUCACCCGCCGUUCCCCGCGCAGGGCAUGGCGCACGGCCCAGCAGCGCCCCAUGCGCCGCAGUACCCCGCGCUUCCGGGGUCCGCCCCUCCCCACCCCCUGCCUCACGCUCCCCCAUCUCCUUUUGCGCCUCCUCCGGCUUUUGCGCCUCCCCCUCCCCUCCCCCCCGCGUGGCUGCAGGCGGCCGCCGCCAUGGCGGCUGUGAUCUCCGGCGGCGGUCCCCCGCUCCCCGCGGGGGAGGAGCUUCCAUGGGAGAAGGGCGGAAAGAAGGGCGCGGGGAAGGGCGCAGGCGGAGGGGGGAAGAGGGGGAAGAAGUCGAGGUGGGACCGGGAGGCGCAGGGGAAAGGGGAGGAGAAGGCGGAGGAAAAGGAGGAGGAGAAGGAGAAAGGGAAGGGAGGAGAGGCGGCGGAAGGAGACGGUGGACAGGAGGGGGAGGAGAAGGGGGAAGCGGAGAAGCAGGGCGAGGGCGAUGAGGCAGGCACCAAGGGGAAAGAGGUAGAGGGGAAAGAAGGGAAGAAGGGGGAAGAAGCCAAGGAGGGGAAGGAGGAGGAGGCGGAGGAGGGAGUGGAGGCGUGGACGGCGCACAAGACGGAGGAGGGCACGGUGUAUUACUACAACACGGUCACUGGCCGCUCCACCUACCACAAACCCAAAGGCUUCAAGCUGCAGGACACGAGCUGGCAGGUCCCGGGGGAGGUGCAGGAGGUGCGGAAGAGGCAGGAGGCGGAGGAGGAGGAGCGGGCGCGCGCCGCCAGCAAGCUCUCCUUCUCUCUGGCGGGGCGGGGGGGCGCGGGGGCGGCGGGCAAGGCGGGCGCAGCAGCAGGGGGGAAGGCGACCGCGCUGGAGGUGGUCAAGAAGAAGCUGCAGGACGCCGACAAGGAGGCUAAGGCGGGCGUAGCAGUAUUAGCUGGUGCCAGCGCGGCUGCUCCCACUGCUGCUGAGACGAUAAAGGCCGACAAGGGCGGUGCAGGGGCGCAGGGGGGGGAAGGAAAGCAGGUUAAUGGAAUUAGUGGGGGGAAGGAGGGGGAGGCGGGCAAGGAUGCAGGGGAGGAAGGGGGAGGGGAGAGGGAGGGCGGUGAUGAUGCGGCACAGGGCAAGGAAGGGGAGGGCAAGGAGGGUGGGGAGAAGGAGGGUGAGGAGAAGGGGAGUGCGGAGGUUCCAUUGGAAGAGCUGAGUCUGGAGGAGAGGGCAAUGAAGUUCCGUGAGAUGCUGAAGGAGAAGGGAGUGGCGCCAUUCUCCAAGUGGGAGAAGGAGCUGCCCAAGCUCAUCUUCGACGCGCGCUACAAGGCCAUCCCCUCGCUGCCGGAGCGGCGCGCCAUAUUUGAGGAGUUUGUGCGCACGCGGGCGACGGCGGAGCGCAAGGAGAAGCGGUCGGCGCACAAGGCGGCCGUGGAGGCAUUCAAAGUCAUGCUGGACGAGAUGGAGGAGAGCGGGGACCUGACACACGAGUCCACGGUGGCGUCGCUGCAGGGCGAUGGCAAGUGGGGCUCGGACCCGCGCCUCCUGGCUGCAGCGCUGGAGGACAAGGACCGCCUCGCUCUCCUCAACGAGCGUCUACUCAAAUGUGUUGAUUCGACUCAUACCCAAGGAAGUUCGAGUACACGGGGCGAACCCAGCAAACCUAGGGUGGUGCCGUUGAAGCGGUUGGAGGAGGAGAGGCAGCAGCAGCGCAAGGAGGCGGCAGAGGAGGCAUUCGUGGAGAUGCUCAAGGAGUACCGCGGCAAGCGCUACAUCGCCCUCUCCUCCCGCUGGUCCAAGGUGCGGGAGGAGUUGAAGGAGGAUGAGCGGUACAGUGCGGUGGAGCACUGGGAGGACCGUGAGCGGCUGUUUGACACCUUCAUGGACGGGCUGCAGCGCGAGGAGGAGGAGAAGGAGCGCGAGGCGCGCAGGCGCUGGGAGGAGGAGGAGCGGAAGCGCGAGCAGGAGCGCGAGGAGAAGAGGCUGCGGCAGCGCGAGGAGGAGAAGAAGGAGAGGGAGCGGGCGCGUGUGCGGCGGAGGGAGGCCAAGGAGGACUUUGAAGACCUGCUGAGGCGCGAGAUACAGACGCCCAAUAUAUCGUGGAUAGACGCGCGGGAGAAGUUGGAGGAGGACGAGGCGUCGUGCUAUUGGAACAAGGAGCUCACCAGCCGUGACCGCCAGGACCUCUUCUACGAACACAUGGCCCGCCUCAUCAAACGCGUGCAGCGAGAGUUCCGCGAGUUACUGGAGGAGGAGCUGUCAGUGGCCGCCAUCUCCGAGGCUCGUGAGGACGGGCUGCGACUCGCCUCCUCCUGGCCCGAUGCUAAGUCCGUGCUUCGGCACCAGGAUCGGUACCGCGACCUGGUUCGGCACGAGCGGGAGGAGCUGUGGCGCGAGCAUGUGAGGAGCCUGGAGGGGGAAUUGAGGGAGGCUGGGGUGAUUGAUGAGGAGGGGAAGGAGGUUGAUGUUGCUGCUGUGAAGAGGGAUCGGAGGCGGAGGAGGAGGAGGAGGAGGGAGAGGGAAGAGGAGGAUGAGGAGGAGGAGGAGAAGAGAGGAGGUGGGGAGAAGGGAGAGGAUAAGGAGGAGAAGGGAGAAGGGAGGGCUUUGGGAGAGAGUGGUGAGGAGAUGAGAGAGGAGGAAAGGAGGGAUGGGGAUGAUGGGAAGGCUGAUGGAGGAGGGAAGAUUGAAGGGGCAGGGGUGGAUGAGAAAACGAUGGAGGAGGUGGAUAGGGGAGAAUGGGAUGGCAUGCAUUUGGAAGAGAAGGAGGAGGAGGAGGAAGAGACGGAGAGGGAGAAGGAAGAGGAAGAGGAGAAGGAGAAGAAGAAGAAAAGGAAGAGAAUGUUGACAGGAAGAGUGAAUUGGGAAGCAAUGCAAUCGGGGGCGAAGGAGAGGCUCAGGUGGCGCAUGGAGAAGUGGGAGGAUGAAGUGAGGGACGAGGACGGGGUGACAGGCGGGGGAAUGGCUGGGGAGCUGGGGAAAGAAAUGGGAGGGGAAAGUUCAGGUAGGGAGGGAGAACGAGGGGAGGACGAAGAGGAGGAGAAGAGCAAGAUGUUUGAGGGAAGGGAGAAGGAGAGGGGAAGGGAGAAGGAGAGGGGAGGGAAGAAGAAGAGGGGUGAAGACGGAGAUGAGGAGGGGGAUGACGAGGAGGGGUGGGAUAAGGAGCACAAGCACAAGCACAGACACAGGGAGAAGCGAGAGGAAAGGCGCGCGGAAAAGGAGAGGGAGAAAGAGAAGGAGAGGGAGAGGGAGAAGGAGAGGAAGAAGGAGAAGGAGAGGGAGAAGGAGAGGGAGAAGGAGAGGGAGAAGGAGAGGGAGAAGGAGAGGGAGAAGGAGAGGAAGAAGGAGAAGGAGAGAGAGAAAGAAAGGAAGAAGGAAAGGGAGAAGGAAAAGGAGAGGGAGAAGGAAAAAGAGAGGGAGAGGGAGAGGGAGAGAGAGAGGGAGAGGGAGAAGGAGAAGGAGAAGGAGAAGGAGAGGGAGAGGGAGAAGGAGAGGGAGAGGGAGAGGGAGAGGGAGAGGGAGAGGGAGAGGGAGAAAGAGAGGGAGAAGGAGAGGAAGAGGGAGAAGGAGAGGGAGAGGGAGAAAGAGAAAGAGAAGAAGAGGAAUAAAGGACGAGAUGAUGGGAGGAAUGAAAAACGCCGGCACCGGCGAAGGGAGGAUAGCGAGGAGAGUGGAAGGGAGGAGGAAGAGGAGAAGGAUGGGAGGGAGGAGACGGAUGAGAAGGCAAAACGGAGAAGGAGACAUGGGCAUGAGCACAAGCAUAAGCGUGAGGAGCGUGAACGGGAGGACGAGAAGGAAGAAGGGAAGAAGGAGAAGAGGCGUGAGAGGGAGAAGAAACGAGAAGGGCGAAGAGAGCAUGAUUCUGACGAGGAAAGGGAGGAGGGGAGGCGGACGAAGCGACGUGGUAAGGAUGGUGAGGAGGAGGAUGGGGAGAGAAAGCGAGGGAGAGAAAAGGAAGGAGAGGGAGGGGAGGGAUGA